AUGGCAUCCCAAGACCCAACACAGGAGAAUACCAGUGACGCGAUAUCCGUGCAUACGACGCGCAGGCGACCGUCGCGGAUCGUGCGCCUCCAGGCAAUGGCGCCCGGGGGCCACAUCGUACGGGAUCGUCCUACCGCCGAAGAACAGCACCGACGCAACCCCCACGAGAUUAUCAGAGAGCUCAUGAACGCCACCGUCAUCGGCACUGCCCUCUCCGUUAUUCCAAGCGUGGCCGCCCCGUACAUCGGCGCUGCACUCAUCGCAGACAACAGCCAGCGGGGUACCGCAGUACGCGCUGCUUUCCGUGGUAGCCUCGUUGUGGGCCUUCAUGCCGGUCUUGUGGGGCAUAUCAUCUAUCGUCACCCGAACAUGCCGGAGCUCCGGGAUUUAUGGAGGCACGCGACCCCCCGGGAGCGCAUCUGGAUCGGCGCGAAUCUCACGGCCGCACUGGCUUUCGUGUCGACUGCCGUCGGCCUAGUCAUCACGCCAGGCCGGUCUUCGCCCAACGCCUUGGAGGAGUUCUGUGACAGUGUGAGCCGUCGGAACGAUACGUUUGCUCUAUGA